CCCCUCUACUGACAUCCACAUGCUUGUCUCCCUGUAUAAGGGAACGGAGUUCUGGGGAAGGAGGUAGAUAGAAGAAGACAGGGACUCGGGGCUUUACACUCCCAAAGCAUCUUCAGACAGCAGACGCCUGUGCGCUCCGUGAAGCCUCCAGCCAGAGCCCUGCCAGGGAACUACAAGGAUUGGUUCUGUCCUGCUGCCAAACUGCCUGUUGUAACUGCCGGUAUGUGCUGCAAUCUCCCCUCCUGUCUCCAGUGGAAAUAGCAGCGCUUUCUUGGACACCCCAUCAUCCACUUUCCUCCACUCCUGAACAGCGGACUGAGGAGCCUCCCUGAGCUUUUUCUGGGGUCUGCUUGUGCCUGUUGGGAGGGACCUAAAACUGGCCCGAAUCGUACGCGUGAGGAGUUUCUAAUCGCCGUGUGUUGAGCGCAUCAGUCCAGAUAAAGAGACGCAAAUUGGUGCAAAUCCAUGACUUGCUAACCGGGAUCUUUCUUAUCCUCCUUGUCAAUAUGGAUGUGUUUGCCUUGCUGCUUGGACUUAUUUCUCUCUGCUCGCUGGGGGCCAAAGUCUCAGGCCAAGAAGGAAGCGUGUGUGGCGGCCGUUUAAAUGCCAAAGAUGCUGGUUAUAUCACGUCCCCAGGGUACCCAAAUGAUUACCCACCUCAUCAGAACUGUGAAUGGAUAAUCAGUGCUCCAGAACCUAACCAGAAGAUUGUGCUCAACUUCAAUCCUCACUUUGAUAUCGAAAAACAUGACUGCAAGUAUGACUUUAUUGAGAUUCGGGAUGGUGAUAGUGAGUCAGCAGAGCUGUUAGGAAAACACUGUGGAAACAUAGCUCCCUCUACCAUCACGUCAUCUGGAUCCCAAAUGUACAUCCGUUUUACAUCAGACUAUGCCCGGCAAGGGGCUGGAUUCUCACUGCGCUAUGAGAUCUUUAAAACAGGAUCUGAAGAUUGUUCUAGGAACUUCACCAACAGUAACGGUACCAUUGAGUCUCCUGGUUUUCCAGACAAAUAUCCCCAUAAUUUGGACUGUGUGUUUACCAUUGUGGCCAAGCCGAAGAUGGAGAUCAUUUUACAGUUUCAUACAUUUGACUUGGAACAUGAUCCUCUCCAGGUUGGCGAGGGAGACUGCAAAUAUGACUGGUUGGACAUCUGGGAUGGCGUUCCAAGUGUGGGCCCCUUGAUUGGCAGGUAUUGUGGCACCAAGACCCCGUCAGAGAUCCGCUCAUCAACUGGAAUCCUUUCGCUCACCUUUCACACUGACAUGGCGGUGGCUAAGGAUGGCUUUUCAGCUCGAUAUUACCUUGCCCCUCAGGAAGUCCCUGAAACCUUUCAGUGCAAUGUUCCUUUGGGCAUGGAGUCUGGGCGUAUUUCAAAUGAACAGAUCACUGCAUCCUCUACAUACUCAGAUGGGAGGUGGACAGCCCAACAAAGUAGACUCAACAGUGAUGAUAACGGUUGGACUCCCAAUGUAGACACCAACAGGGAAUAUUUGCAGAUAGAUCUCCGGUUCUUAUUUUUGCUCACAGCCGUGGCAACCCAAGGGGCAAUCUCACGAGAAACUCAGACACCCUACUAUGUUAAAUCCUAUAAACUAGAAGUGAGCACAAAUGGUGAAGACUGGAUGAUGUUUCGCCAUGGCAAAAACCACAAGAUAUUCCAAGGAAACACGGACCCAACAGAAGUUGUCUUGAACAAGAUUCCUCAGCCUGUGUUGGCUCGCUUCAUCCGAUUCCGGCCGCAGACCUGGGAUACUGGAAUAGCAAUGCGGGUUGAGCUGUAUGGUUGCCAAAUUACAGAUUCACCCUGCUCUAAUAUGUUGGGAAUGAUGUCUGGCCUGAUCUCAGAUUCCCAGAUCACAGCAUCAUCAACCAGAGAAUACCUCUGGUCCUCUGGGGUGGCCCGUCUGGUAAGCAGUCGGUCAGGCUGGUACACCCAUAUUUCGCCUGGACAGAUCGGAAAAGAAUGGCUUCAGGUGGACCUUGGCACUGUAAAGACUGUGAGAGGGGUCAUCAUACAAGGAGCACGUGGUGGAGACAGUCUUCCAACCACGGAAAAUAGGGCUUUUGUAAGAAAGUUCAAAGUGGCUCACAGCCUGAAUGGGAAUGAUUGGGAAUACAUACUGGAUUCAAAGACUGAGCAGGCCAAGCAGUUUGAAGGGAACAUGCACUAUGAUACUCCUGAAGUACGCAGGUUUGAACCAGUGGCAGCACAAUUUGUUCGUGUUUAUCCAGAAAGGUGGUCUCCUGCAGGAAUGGGCAUGCGGAUGGAAGUGCUGGGCUGUGACAGGCAAGAAGCGAAACCUACCACAGAGACUGUGAAACCCACGAUCAAGACUGAAGAGGUUACAACACAGAAUAUGUCUGAUGAGGAGACCACGGAAUGUGGAGAGGCUUGUGUUGAUGAAUUUCAGUACCCGCCUGGAUUUAACUGCAACUUCGACCAUUCGGAUGAUGUGUGCAGCUGGACGCAUGAUACCAACGCUGACUUCACAUGGUCAUUUCAUCCCCAUAGCCCCUGGAUGGGUCACUCUGGCUCUAUUGCUGGAAACAGCAAACAUUACCUGAGGCUGCCAAGUAGUGGAAGGAGAGAAGGACAGCAUGCACGGUUACUAAGUCCUAAGAUGUACUUGCCAAGAACUGUCAUCUGCAUGGUGUUCCGAUAUAGAGCCUCAGGGAGCAGUGGUGGAACACUUCAGGUGUUGAGAAAGUCUACUCAGGAGAACAGACUGCUUUGGAAGAUGAAAGAGGAGCAAGAAAGUGAUUGGAGAGAAGGCAGAAUCAUCUUGAACAGCUCCAAGGGAGAGGAAGAGUACCAGGUUGUCAUUGAAGGAAUUGUUGGCAAAGGGCAGCCGGGGGAGAUAGCUGUAGAUGAUAUCCGAAUAGCUGCCGACAUACCAGUGGAACACUGUAUGGAACCUCUCACCGCCUUUCCAAGGCAGAAUCCUCUAUUCCCCCCAGUGGAUAUUCCAGUACUAAAUACUGACCUGGGGCACAACUUUGUCAGAGGAAAAAUUGGUGAUGAACUCUACACAGCUCUCCCUACCAGCAAUGUGGUAACGCCAAGAUCUGACAAAGAGGAAAGUUGGCUUUACACCCUGGAUCCAAUACUGGUCACCAUCAUUGCAAUGAGCUCUCUUGGAGUUCUUUUUGGGGCUAUUUGUGCAGGCCUUCUACUUUAUUGUACUUGCUCCUAUACAGGCCUCUCAUCUCGUAGUUCCACUACCCUUGAAAAUUAUAAUUUUGAACUAUACGAUGGCAUCAAACACAAGGUGAAAAUGAACCCCCAGAAAUGUUGCUCAGAGGCAUGAUGGAAUGUACCAUUACAACACUGUACAAUAAUUUGGCUUGAUGAAGACAGCUUUCGGAAGACGCCUAUUGGAACUGAACACGAAGGAUAAAAGUAACUAACACAGUUACUAUUCUAUGUGAUGCUACCGAUAUUUUUAAAAAGACCCAAAAAUAAGCAUGUGUUCUCAAAUGGAGAAAACCCUGAACCAAUUGCCUAAAAGGUUGUGGUAUUGCGAUUGCCAACCCUUCUGCUAAAUCCACAUUAAUCUGUUUUUUGUUUGAGUUUUCAUCCAUUCAAAUGAGCAACAUGCACACAGGAAAAUGUUGCCCUGAGAUUUUGAGCCUCUCAUUUUAGAGAUGUGCUGAUUCUUUGUCUGUUGAUUUUGGAAACAAGAGUAAUGUCGCAGUGGAAUAGACACUUUUGAAUGAAAAGGUGCACAGUGAUGUCAUCACACAAGCAGAAAAGCCUUAACGUUUUGUGAAUAAGAGCCAUUUUCUACAACCAGGUCUCUUAUGGAAAAGUAAUAAUCUGAUUAUUUAAGAGAUUACAAUAUUUUCUCCCAACAAAAUGCCUAGAACAAAAGACUCAUUUCUAAAGGGUUUUAUAUUCAGAGCUGGCUUUGAUUGUACCUUUUAUGUGUUGUAUGUUCAAGGAAGGUGGGAGUUUGAUUACAUUUCAUUUUUUGUUUUGUUUUUGGUAAAGCUUUCAAAAACCCCAUUUUACAGCUAACUGCCGUUUUCAGCAUUGUGGCAUAUUCAGUUUAAGGUACUAAAAAUAUUUUUUUCUUUAGUAUUUUAGAUGAAUGCUAAGGGUUUCAAAAGAGUUUAGAACAGGGUUAGCCAACUCACUACAGAUAGAAUUGUCUGUUAGCCACUAGAUAUCUUGUGCUAACCUGUUACUGAGGUUUCCAGUGGUUUAAUUAGAAGUUUUAAACUUUCCAUGUCAGAUUUUGAAUGCUUAUAAUUGUUAAAACAACCUGAUUAUACAAAAAAUAUUUCAAUUGUUUGGUGUUUUGUAUAAGUAACUGCCAUAAUGGGCAGAUUUCCACUUAAUUACUCUUGUCUUUAAUACCCUUCUUUUCCUUUUGCCCAUCACCUUGCUAUUAUUUAUGUACACAUAUAGGGAGACUCUACCUUGAAAAUAGGCUCAUGCCACAUGCUGAGUGACAGGUGAACAUAUAAAUCAUCAUUUUGCAAUUAUAGUAGCUUUUUAUGGAAUGCAAUCUGUAAUAUUUAGGGCACAUAGUAAGUUCUCUAGCCCGAUGUCAUGUAUUUCAAGCAUGUGGGGCAGAGUUUGCUUGAAAUUCAUAUUUAGGCAUGUAAGAGUUGAUUUCCACGUACAAAAUAGAAUUGGAAUGUUUUAUGAUCAGAAAACCUGCCAGAUUAUGAAAUACUCAUGUUCCUUACAUUUCAGCUUUGCAAACUCAUAUCUUCUAAAGCUAAAGACUGAUUUUAAGAUCCUUAAAGUGAUGUUUGGUCACUCAACAAAUACUUGUGUAAGCACUUAGCAUUUUCCCUAAAUUCUCUGUAUUUACCCUAUUUAUUUUGGUGCCAGCACCAAAUUAUCACAUGCAUCAAUGAGAGCAUUUCUCUUUAUAGGUUUCUAGGUUUAAUUGUUCUUGUGCCAGAAAGAUUUCUUGGUAUGAGAGGGAAGUGUCUGCCUUGGAAAUAAUGAUAUGCCUUGAACUGAAUAUUGUUGUUUUAGCAAAAUGGGAGAUACUUGUUUAUUAUGCCUCCACGGAAUCCUUUUUUUUCUAAAGGAAAACAGGUGUGGUUUAUAGUGCGGUAGCAACUUUUUAUGGAACCAUUCUUCUUCAUGCAUACUACUGUUUCCUGCUUAAGUGCCUUCAAAAAGCAACGUUUUACACAACAUGAUAAUACAGAAGAAGACACACAACAAAUGUUAACUAUAUUUUACCAUUUUCGAGAAUUUUCUAAAAAUAUCCUUAAGUUCUCCCUCACAUUCCUAUUUGAUCUAUAUGGUCAGGUGGCCUUAUUUGGAAGUCUCUGGGUAGUUGUGUGUAUCUCGUUUGCCAAACAAUAUUUAGACUCAGCUUAGUGGCAGUCUUUACAGAUGGUCAUCCAUACAGGACUUUAUGUUGUAAAGCAUGUGUCUGGUUUGUCUGUUUAUGUCUUAUAUGUUAGAAUACAGGCAGCUAUUUUGCUGAGAGUAACACUUGAUGUAUCAAAUUUGCUAUUGAGUCCCCCAAAUAUAGAACUGCAACCUUACCAUAGAACAAAAAGCUACAUGGAAAACUUUAUUAUAGCAUAUUGGUACCUUUGUAACACUGUGUUUAGCACAAAGGGCAAAUCAUCUGACACACUUUCAGAUGAGCUUCAAGAUCUUACUGAGUGCCUCCUUGACAACAUAAUGGAUUCUUUUACACAUUAACAAUGACAGACAGUAGUUAAUGUAUUAGAUAUUGGUGUAUUAGAACGUGGAAAAUGAUGGACUUUGUGAUAUGUGUCAAGAGUGUUUGCAGCUUUUUGGUAGUAGCCCCUUGACUUGUUUCUUAAUUUUGCUGUUUACAAUAAUGCCCAUUCACAAUAUUACCUCGCCAUAUUUUGUUUAAUAAAUAAAUACAAUGGUUUUUAACAUGCAGAGAAACACAAGCAGUUAACACAACCUAUUACAUUUAAGCCAAAUGUGUUCAUUCAGUCUUAUUACAACACAGAGCUCAGAAAACAUGUCCAAGCAUUCUCAUAUCAGUAACUCUAGUAUGCACACUGUAUGCCAAUACAAGCUUCUCUAUUAAUUUCAGAUAAAAAUGUUUAAGUUAUAUUGGUAAAAUACAGUAUAUCCUUUACUACAUCUGAAGUCCUGUUCAAGCUACAUUGGUAACACAUUAGCCUAAAAUAUACAUUGGCAAAGCAGAAAUAGAAGUAGGCAUUUUUCUUGGCUUGUUCCUUGGGAGGAGUGGAGAACCUACUGUGCUUUUUGUGUUUUCUUUCUCUCUCAAGGAAAUUUUGUUAAA